UUUCCAGGUGGGUCAUCAAAGGUUUCCCAAGCGGAGUCUACCAAAGUGUAAUGGGUUGCCCAGAUCAGAGACUUUUCCUCUGAUUCUGCCAAGAGAGCUAGUCCUCACACUGAGCGACCCCCGGGCAUGGAGAAGCUGACGGAGAAAGACAAGGAGCUGAUCCGAGGCAGCUGGGAGAGUCUUGGCAAGAACAAAGUUCCACACGGAGUCGUCAUGUUCUCCAGACUGUUUGAACUAGAGCCUGCGCUCCUCAACCUCUUUCACUACAACACAAACUGUAGCCCCACACAAGACUGCCUCUCCAGCCCUGAGUUCCUGGACCAUGUCACAAAGGUAAUGCUGGUGAUCGAUGCAGCAGUCAGUCAUCUGGACGACCUUCAUACCUUGGAGGAUUUUCUGCUCAGUCUGGGGAAGAAGCACCAGGCAGUUGGGGUUAACACCCAGUCUUUCGCUGUGGUGGGGGAGUCCCUUCUCUACAUGUUGCAGUGUAGUCUGGGUCAUGGGUACACUGGCCCACUGCGUCAGGCCUGGCUCAACAUGUACACCAUCGUAGUGGCGGCCAUGAGCAGAGGAUGGGCCAAGAACGGGGAACACAAGACUGACUGAAACAUUUGCUGGGGUCUGCUACCAGUUUCUGUCUAAUGACCUUCAUGGUUGCUACGGAGUAAGGUUGUAUAGCUCACAGCCUGAAGGUUUUGAUUGCUGUAUAUUUCCUCAGUGAGUCUACGGUUACAGUAGGGGGAACAAAUAAUGUUAUCACACUUGACACCACAAACGAUGGUUGAAUCACCUGAUGUUCAGAGUUAACUGUUUUUGCUGGGGAUGUUGUAGCUGUAGAUAAUGCUGCUAUAACUUUGUGAGGAUGUUAUGUGUCAACCAGCUUUGCACGUGCUCUAAGUCUUCAGUUUGAGUUCCUCAAAUUAGAGAAAGGGUUAAAUUAAUGUAAUGACUGAAUUAGCUUUGUAAAUAAUUGUCUAGUUAUACAGUGGUUUGCCAAAGUAUUCACCCCCCUUGGCAUUUUUCCUAUUUUGUUGCCUUACAACCUGGAAUAAAAAAAAAAUUUUUUGGGGGGGUUGUAUCAUUUGAUUUACACAACAUGCCUACCACUUUGAAGAUGCAAAAUAUUUUUUAUUGUGAAACAAACAAGAAAUAAGGCAAAAAAACUGAAAACUUGAGUGUGCAUACCCCCCAAAGUCAAUACUUUGUAGAGCCACCUUUGCAGCAAUUACAGCUGCAAGUCUCUUGGGGUAUGUCUCUAUAAGCUUGGCACAUCUAGCCACUGGGAUUUUUUGCCCAUUCUUCAAGGCAAAAUUGCUCCAGCUCCUUCAAGUUGGAUGGGUUCUGCUGGUGUACAGCAAUCUUUAAGUCAUACCACAGAUUCUCAAUUGGAUUGAGGUCUGGGCCUUGACUAGGUCAUUCCAAGACAUUUAACUGUUUCCCCUUAAACCACUCGAGUGUUGCUUUAGCAGUAUGCUUAGGGUCAUUUUCCUGCUGGAAGGUGAACCUCCGUCCCAGUCUCAAAUCUCUGGAAGACUGAAACAGGUUUCCCUCAAGAAUUUCCCUGUAUUUAGCGUCAUCCAUCAUUCCUUCAAAUCUGACCAGUUUUCCUGACCCUGCUGAUGAAAAACAUCCCCACAGCAUGGUGCUGCCACCACCAUGCUUCACUGUAGGAAUCAUGGGAAGUGUUGGGUUUGUGCCUGACAUAGCGUUUUCCUUGAUGGCCAAAAAGCUCUAUUUUAGUCUCAUCUAAACAGAGUACCUUCUUCCAUAUGUUUGGGGAGUCUCCCACAUGCCUUUUCGCAAACACCAAACGUGUUUGCUUAUUUAUUUUUAUUUAAGCAAUGGCAUUUGUCUGGCCACUCUUUCGUAAAGCCCAGCUCCGUGUAGUGUACGGCUUAAAGUGGUCCUAUGGACAGAUACUCCAAUCUCCGCUGUGGAGCUUUGCAGCUCCUUCAGGGUUAUCUUUAGCCUUUUUGUUGCCUCUCUGAUUAAUGCCCUGCUUGCCUGGUCCAUGAGAUUUGGUGGGCAGCCCUCUCUUGGCAGGUUUGUUGUGGUGCCAUAUUCUUUAAAUUUUUAAAGAAUGUAUUUAAUGGUGCUUUGUGGGAUAUUCAAAGUUUCUGAUAUAUUUUUAUAACCCAACCCUGAUCUUUACUUCUCCACAACUUUGUCCCUGACCUGUUUGGAGAGCACCUUGGUCUUCAUGGUGCCGCUUGCUUGGUGGUGGCGCUUGCUUAGUGGUAUUGCAGACUCUGGGGCCUUUCAGAACAGGUGUAUAUAUACUGAGAUCAUGUGACACUUUGUUUGCCCACAGAUGGACUUUAUUGAACUAAUUCUGUGACUUCUGAAGGUAAAUGGUUGCACCAGAUCUUAUUUAGGGGCUUCAUAGCAAUAUGCAAGCACCACUUUUCCGUAAAAAAAAAAUAUAUAUAUCAUUUUUUGAAACAAGUUAUUUUUUUAAUUUCACUUCACCAAUUUGGACUAGUUUGUGUAUGCCCAUUACAUGAAAUCCCCCCAAAAUCUAUUUAAAUUACAGGUUGUAAUGCACCAAAAUAGGAAAAACGGCAAGGGGGAUGAAUACUUUUGCAAGGCACUGUUUCUACUCUAAUAGCAAUGAUUGUGGGGUUCUUCGUGAAAUAUCUUAAAGAAUCACACAAUAGCUGUAUUACUUGGCAUCACUACCUCUACUGUGAUCAUUACUGUAGCUGGAAUGGGCGGCUAUGAGAUGGGCCCUUUGCCAAAUCAAACCAAUGAUAAAGAAACAUUGAUCACAAAAGUAUAUACAAGAUUAUUGUUUUGAGUGAUUAUCACAAAUCUAUUUAUAUUUCUUUGAGUUAGGCUUGGGAUCUGAUAAUGGCACAUAUAAAAUGCUCUCCUUUCUUUGUGUGUGUUCAUGACCUGGGGUGUACCAACCCUUAGAGGUGAACAUGAUUCUUAAAGACAUUGAUAUUAUUAAGUAAACUGUUUAUUUUGGACAAUGCUCAAUAGAAAAUGACAAGAACUGUUAAUGUAUUCAAAGGUUUUUCUAUGGGACCUCUAUGACUGUUAUGGCACCUUUGUCUGAAAGUGGAACACUUGUAGAAAAAAAGGGUUCCAAAAGAGUUCUGUGGCUGUUCCCAUAGGAAAACCAUUUGUAGUUCCAGGUAGAACCCUUUUGUGUUCGAGGUAGAAAUCUUUCUAGUUCCAUGUUCCCUCUGGGGAAAGGGUUCUACAUGGAACCAAAAAGGGUUCUACCUGUAACCAAAAUGAGUUCUUCAAAGGGUUCUUCUAUGGGGACAGCUGAACAUCCCUUGUAGGUUCUAGAGAGCACCUUUCUUUCAUAGAGUGUAAGUGGCACUCUCGUCUGACAGUAGAGGUUGUAAAGAUCACGCUGCCAUAUGCGUAUUAUCAAAUUUCAAUAGACUUCAACUGACUGUUACUUACUCUAAAUAGACUGUUAUUCUCCUCUAGAGUUCAAGCUAAAUGAUGGAACCCAACAGCAGAUUAUUUGCUUGAGUGACUUUGGGCAAUUAGUUUUCACUAAUUGUAAAUGUGAAGUGGUGUUGAACCACAUAAUGUAUCAAUAUUGUGAUGAUACGUUAUAAACAAGCCACAAUUACAGAAGUACUUUGGCCUUUUGGACCCAUUAGACAAUCAUAGUCAUUGACAAAGCCAGGAUUUAUUCUUUCUUUUUUACUUCUCUAGUGUGUUCAUAACACUGCAAAGUUAAGUACUUUUAGAGCUCUGAGGGUCUUUCUGUGGACAACCCUAAAACAUUUAUGAAUAAACAAGUUUCACUACAUCCUACCUGAGCCUGCUCAGAUAGUAAGAGAUGAUACUGUAGUUAGAGAUGAUAGUUAGAGAUGUGUACAUCCUUUUUGCCACUAUGAACACAUUUACCUAUAUGUUUCUAUACAGUGUGUAUCAGUGGCAUGAAAGACAAAAUUCCAAGUUAGCUAUAAUACGUAAAGUAUUUGAUAACACUACAUUACUGUAUAUCCAAGCUGCUGAUAUGUGGUGAAUAUUGCUUUAGUCCGAGAUUACUUUCAUCAAGUUAAUUUUUUUAUUUUCAAGUGUUUUAUAUGUGUAAAUGACUAUAUACCAUUGUGAACACAAAUGUUCCUAACAUGUUAAAUUACCCAAAACAAAAAUGUAAAAUACAUGGUGUUCCCUUGAACAUGUAUCAUGACUUAAGAUAUAACAAUCACUCAAUGUGGUUAAAUUGCUCGAGAGCCUUGUGCUACAAACAAGAGCGCAAUUUCUCCUCAAUCGGUAAACAUAUUUGCCAUAUUAUCAAUUUGUCAACCCUAAAAAGAAUGUUACUGUUGGCAUCGGAUACUGAACCAUUUCAUUACUAUUUCAAUAUGAGAUCUCACUUUAUUGUUCAAUUACCUGUGAGCUUUCUUUUCAGGCUAUCGCAGUACUUUACUACUUCAGGGGGUUCCUCUCUCCCACUUUCCAACUAGCAUAGUGGGUUUCCCUUACCAGAUUAAUCCUUCUCCUGGACCAAAAAGCAUUAUACAUAGAGAAUACACAUCCAAAGGGCUUUUUAUUCCAGGAAUAAGCAUCAUCUGAGUCUAAGAAACCAGCCCUAUGAAUUAAACACAUUUUGUAACAUCUAUAUAAUGUACUAUGCAGAUUGUUGUGGGUAAUGUCUUUAUUUUCGAUUUUCUGAGAGUAGGUCUGUUUAAUGUGUAUGUGUGGAUUGCAUUGGUACAUGUAAAUAACCUGAUAUUUUGAUUAUGAGUGUCUCCAUGUCUACCUCAUCAAACUCAGCUGCUAUUGAACAGCAAUGAUUUCACCUAUGUAAUGUGUUGUGUGCUUACUCAAUUAAGACUAAAUAAAGGUGAUCUUCUGUGGACAUACAACUGAAAAAA